GGUGUAUUAAUUGGGGCCGGGUCGGCGCUUCCUCGAUCCGCUCCGACGCCGCCAAAAUGCGGCGAUAUCGGGCUACGGGCCGGCCCGCCGAGACCUUUUAAUAAUAAUAAUUAGGGUUUAAGGGUAAACUCUCGUGCAAAAAGCAUCGUUUCUCAUUUCUCCAAUCGGUGUCUGAGCCAGAGAUCUUCAUCGUUCUCCUGUCCGAACCUGCCGUUUCAUUUGUUCAGUUUCAUUCUUGAUCGAAAACUUCAGUGCCUGGUAACAGGCUUUGGUUUCAAGAAUGAUAUCAUCGAUUUCAUGGGUUCCGAAAGGGGUCUCGAAAACAGUUCCCACAGCAGCUGAGCCCCCUUCAAAUGAAAAAAUAGAGGAGUUACUGAAGAGUGGUGUUCUGGAAACACGUGGAGAGAGUGAAAAUGAGGAAAACGAUGAAGAUAUGAAUGUUGAUGCAGUUAGUCAAGGGGAUGAACUUUCUCGUGCAUUAUCCGCUGCGAGUGCACUUGGAAAAGCUUCUAAGAGUUCAAAGAUGGAAUCUGAUAGCUUGGCAGAUGCAUUGAAGGAGCUGGACAUGGAUAAUUAUGACGAGGAUGAUGAUGGUGUUGAGUUGUUUGGUUCGGGUCUUGGCAACUUAUAUUAUCCAAGUAAUGACAUGGACCCUUAUUUGAAGGGUCAGGAUGAAGAAGACUCUGAAGAGGAAGAAGAUAUUACAAUAAAGCCGGAGGAUGCAGUCAUAGUUUGUGCUCGGAAUGAGGAUGACGUCAGCCAUCUUGAGGCAUGCAAUUUUUUGUCUGGAUAUUGGAAGACCCUACAAAUGGCGAUUCCAACAUGUAUGUGCACCAUGAUAUUGUCAUCCCAGCAUUUCCACUCUGCACUGCAUGGAUCGGUUGUCCUCUUAAAGGUGGAGAGAAAGGGAACUUCAUUGCUAUUGGCUCCAUGGAACCAGCCAUUGAGAUAUGGGACCUUGAUAUUAUGGAUGAAGUACAGGCAUCUGCGACACUCGGUGGCAUUAUCGAAAAGAAGAGAAAGGGAAAGAAGGCAAGAUUUAACAUUGGCUAAUAUCUAUACCACAGUUAUUAAGUUUGAGAAAUCUAUUAAAUACAAGGAUGGUAGUCACACAGAUGCAGUUCUUGGACUUGCUUGGAACAAAGCGUUCAGUAAUGGACUUGCUAGUGCAAGUGCGGACAAGUUGGUUAAGAUAUGGGAUGUGGCAACUGAAGCAUGCACAAGAACCUUUGCAACCCACACGGACAAGGCAAGGAUGAAUCUUAUUUUCAGUGACAUUAUUUCAGUUUUGCUAUCUAUAAAACUUGUCCAAGCUGUUGCGUGGAAUGAUUUUGCUCCCAGCGUUCUUCUUAGUGGAUCGUUUGAUCACACUGUGAAUAUGGUCAGUCUAGAAAAUGGCACUGUUACUGGUUUUGAUAUUCGUAAGGCUAGCUCUAAUUCAUCCUCUCAGCCUGAGCCGAGCUUCACAAUCCAUGCACAUGACAAAGCAGUCUGCACAAUUGCCUAUAAUAGUUCCGUCCCAAAUCUUCUUGCUACUGGUUCAGAGGAUAAAAUGGUGAAGCUCUGGGAUCUAUCAAACCAGCCGACAUGCAUUGCUUCCAAAAACCCUAAAGCUGGGGCUGUAUUUUCUGUUUCUUUCUCGGAAGAUUGCCCUUUUACGUUAGCUAUCGGAGGCUCCAAGGGAAAAUUACAGGUGUGGGAUUUAUUGACUGAUGCUGAGAUUGCCAGAAGAUAUGGCAAAUACGCCAACAAGGCUAAAUCCUCGACUUCAUGAAGGAAUGAUGGGUCGAUGGAUUUUCUUUUUAAUUUAACUUGCGAAGAUCACGACUUGCUUGCCCGACAUCAAAUCUUUUACACAGUAAAGAGCUCAUUUACCAUUCUUGAUAGUUGAUACUUGAUACUGUACGGUUUUGAAUGCUUGAAAUCAAUGACAUGGUAUAAAAGUCCAAGAGUGUUAGGGAGAGGUAUUAGUUUGUGUUCGUCUUGACUCUUGAGUUAUUACUUUGUAUAGUUCCAUGUACGAUUUUUGUCGAAAGUACUGUUUAUUAAACUAAAUGUGGUUACCUGAGACUCAGAGUAAUAUUCGCCGGCUCACGGAAUGUUGGUGAAUUUUGAAUCUGGUGGACAAUGUUGUUUAGUAGAUGCUAAACAGGUUUGAACAAAAUGUCAAAAUAUUCUUUAUGCAAUUUUCAUGACAAGUAGUCUGUUUUGUAGCCUGUAGGUUUCCUUUACCGUGAAAUUUUGAGUGUUA